AAGAGUUUGGCAGUCACGUGACUAGCUUUGUUACAAGAAAUUUCUAUGUCGACGACGGUCUUACGUCUUGUCCUACAAAGGAGGAAGCUGUUAAGCUCAUGAAGGACACACAGCAAGCAUUAGCAAAAUAUGGAAACUUAAGGCUUCACAAGUUCGCCUCUAAUUGUGCGGAAGUUAUGUCUGCAUUUCAAGCCAGUGAUUUGGCUUCAAAUCUUAAGGAUCUAGACUUAGAUGUCGACAGCAAACCCCUGCAACGUAGUCUUGGACUCAGCUGGGACGUAAACACUGACAACUUCUUAUUUCAAUUGUCAUCAGAAAAUAAACCGAUCACUCGGAGAGGGAUUUUAUCAACGAUAAACAGCAUCUACGAUCCUCUUGGAUUUUUAGCUCCUGUGAUUUUACAAGGAAAGCUCCUACUAAGGAAGAUAGUAUCAGAAACCGUCGAUUGGGAUCAACCUCUCUCUGAUGAGACAGCAAUUGAAUGGAAAUCUUGGAGAGAUACUUUAAUAGCUAUUGAAACAUUGCGCAUUCCACGUACCUACGUACAGUAUCUCAGCAAAACCGUCACAAAGGAGUUACAUGUCUUCUCUGAUGCGUCAGAAAAAGCCAUAGCAGCUGUUGCUUAUCUACGCACGACCGACAGUGGUGGUGAACCAAACAUGGGGUUCAUUCUUGGGAAAGCAAAAGUUGCACCUACAAGUGGUCACACUAUUCCUCGACUUGAACUAUCUGCUGCCGUGUUAGCAGUUGAGAUCACACAAACCAUCGUGGAUAAUUUAGAUUUACACAUAGACACCGUGAAAUUCUACACAGACAGUAAAGUGGUCUUAGGUUACAUCAGUAACGAGACAAGAAGGUUCUUUAUCUACGUCGCCAAUAGAGUAGAGAAAAUAAGUAAAUUUAGCUCUCCAAGUCAAUGGAAUUAUGUACCAACGAAUCGUAAUCCCGCAGACUCGGGAACAAGGUCCGUACCAGCCCACGAAAUUCAUAGUAGUGAGUGGUUAUUGGGACCGAGACAACUUCUUUCCUCAGAACAGGAGGAGAAUUCCGAGGACAUAUAUCAACUAAUAGAUCCAGAGGAAGAUGGAGAAAUCCGCGCAACUGUUAAUAUUGCAAAGACUUUUGCCACAACUGAGCGUAAAGGUAUCGGAACUGGAAGAUUCAACCGAUUCUCCAACUGGACAUCACUUGUUCGAGCAAUAGCCUUUUUGGAACGUUUCUCCCGUUUACACGGGUCAAAACAGGCAGAAUCGGUGACCUCUCUUGAAAGCUUUUCAAAUGCCGAAAACUUCAUUUUAAUGUCCGCUCAGCACGAAGUUUACGGAGAAGAAAUAGAUAACAUUCGACGCAAGGAACAAAUUCAUAUACGAAGCCCGAUAGCUAACCUCAAUCCGUUUUUGGACAAAAGAGGACUAUUACGAGUAGGAGGCCGUAUUGUCAAAUCUGACUUAAACCUCCGUGAAAAGAAACCUUUGAUCGUCCCUGGACGCCAUCAUAUAGCGACAUUAUUAGUCCGACACUACCAUGACAAGAUAAAACAUCAAGGACGCCACUUCACAGAUGGAGCGAUUCGAUCCGCAGGAUUCUGGAUCGUCGGAGCAAAACGCUUGAUCUCUUCUAUUAUUCACAAAUGUGUGACAUGCCGCAAACUCAGAGGAAAAACUGAGUAUCAAAUCAUGUCUGAUUUGCCAGAGGACCGUCUUGAACCAUCACCUCCGUUCACUAACGUUGGAAUCGACACCUUUGGACCAUGGACAAUUGUUUCACAUAAAACCUGUGGUGGAUACGCCAACUCCAAACGUUGGGCAAUUUUAUUCACCUGCUUAGUGACGAGAGCUGUUCAUAUCGAACUCAUCGAGGAAAUGAGCUCUUCAGCCUUUAUAAACGCUGUCAGAAGAUUCACAGCCAUUAGAGGCCAAGUCAAGAUCUUUCGAUCCGACCGUGGAACUAACUUUAUUGGCGCAAUCGACGACUUGAAAAUCGAUUCAGUCAACGUUGAGGACGGACCCCUUAAGAACUUUCUGUACAAUUCCGGUACAACUUGGAUCUUCAAUCCGCCGCAUUCGUCCCACAUGGGUGGAGCCUGGGAGAGAAUGAUUGGUAUCGUUAGGAGAAUACUUGAUUAUAUGCUUUUAAAUGCUGCCGGAAGGAGCCUAACGCAUGACGUGCUCAAUACGUAAAUGGCAGAAGUUUCAGCAAUAGUGAACUCUAGACCUCUGGUACCGGUAUCGACAGAUCCAGAGAAUCCGUUAAUCUUAACACCAGCUAUGUUAUUGACACAAAAGACCGAUUACAUCUUCACUUCAAAUCAGCUUGGAGAAUUCGACAAACGGGAUCUAUGUCUAGCCGAAUGGAGACGUGUACAGGCUCUGGCCAGUGUUUUCUGGUCCCGUUGGAGGAAAGAGUACCUACCGCUACUACAACCACGACGAAAAUGGACCGAAGAUCGCCGUGAUCUCAUCAAAGGAGACGUCAUUCUCCUAAAGGAUAAAAAACUCUACCGUACUCAAUGGCCCAUCGGAGUUAUAGUAAACUCAUUUAAAAGUUCCGACGAACAUGUCCGGAAAGCAGAAGUACGAAUCAUCGUAAAUGGAAAAGCCACCAUCUACACACGACCAAUAGUGGACAUGAUUCUUCUCGUAGAGAACGACUGUAUAUAGUUUGUAUCAAUCAUGUUAAUAGUGAUACUUUGGAUUUAUAUAGUGAGAUCUUCAAGUGUGUUAUAUAUUUGGAAUAGUGAUAUCAGUUAGACAUCAGACGGGGAGUAUUCUGUUUCACAUUCAAUUUUACUAUAUGUUUCCAUAAUCAUCCGGAACAAAUCGCACUGGACCGAUUUCUUACAUCACCGUUUUUAUUGUACUACGGGACUACUUUUAAUUUCUGUGACACCGUCUGCUCCAAAAUUUAACACAUGUAACAUGGACGACACUUAAUUAUUUUCUGAGGAAAUCGAGACAUACCACUGUCAAUUUACCAAACAAUACUGACUACUGUAU